AUUCUGGUGGGCGGCCAAACAUCCCAUUCUGCAGUAGUAGAGUAGAGUGGGCACACGGGACGUAAACAUCUAAUACACUGAAUUAGGAUCCACAUCAGACCACUCAGGUGAUCAUGCCGCUUCAGAAGGAGAUUCUUAGAGAAGUCUGGACUGAGAAAACGCUUCAUGGCGACACUCUGCUUUCUAAUGAUCUGCAUCGGAAACCCAUAAAGAAGAAGAAGCCAGAGUCUAUCCCAGCAGAGACCAAUGGAACAGAAGCAAAACCUAAAAAGACGAAGAGUAAGAAAAACGGAGAGUUGUCGUCAGAGAGCAGCCCUGCUACUCAGAAUGGUGAGAAAGUGAAGAAAAAGAAAACAGAGAAGGAGAAAGAAAAGGAGUCGAAGGAGAAAGCAGAACCAAAAAAGAAACCCAAAAGUGCCCCAAAGAAGAAGAAGAGCUCAACUGAAGAUGAUGAUGAAGACGAGGAUGACGAGGAAGAAGAAGAGCCUACUGCACAGAAAAAGACGAAAAAAAAGCCUUUAAAGGACAGUUCUGAUGGGAAGGAAAAAGAAAAGGACUCUAAGAAAUCUAAAUCUAAAGAGGACAAAGAAGACAAAGACAGUAAAGCAAAGUCCAAAACCAAGAAGAAGGAGCCAGCGUCUAUGUUCCAGAUAAAUGGAGAAAAGCCUGAAACCAAGAGUAAAAAGAAAGCUGCCAAAUCAGAGAGUGAAGAGGAGAGUGAGGCUGAAAGUAAAAACAGCAAGAGCAAGAAGAAGAGCAGCUCGAAUCCAGCGUCCAUGUUCCAGACUGGUGGAAGCAAAGACAAGGAGAAGGACAAAGACAAGGAUAAGGAGAAGGAUAAAAAGUCCAAGAAGUCCAAAAGUCCUGCAAAAGCAGAAGAGAGUGAUGAGUCUGACUCUGAGAAAGAAGAAAAGAAGAAGAAAAAGGGGAAAGGAAAAAAGGGCAAAAAGGAGGAGCGGCCGCCCUCCCCGGUCAUCGAGUUCGACGACCUGGAGGAGUUCGUGCUCCAGCCCGCACAGCAGGGAGUCACAGUGAAAUGCAAAGUGACCCGGGACAAGAGAGGCAUGGACCGGGGCCUUUAUCCCACCUACUACCUCCACCUAGACAAUGAAAAGAAGGUCUUUCUGCUGGCAGGCAGGAAACGUAAGAAGAGCACCACGUCCAACUACCUGAUCUCAGUUGACCCGACUGAUCUCUCCAGAGGCGGUGAAAACUUCAUAGGGAAACUGAGGUCUAAUCUGAUGGGCACCAAAUUCACAGUGUUUGAUAACGCACUGAACCCGGACAGAGCCCUUCCAGACCUGUCGAACGCACGGCAGGAGUUAGCAGCCAUAAUCUACGAGACCAACGUUCUGGGAAUGAAAGGUCCGAGAAGGAUGACAGUCCUUAUCCCCGGCAUGAACAAGGACGGAGAGCGAGUACCCAUACGACCACGCAGCGAAAACGAUGGCCUUCUGAUUCGCCACCAGAACAGAAACAUGGAGAACAUGAUCGAGCUGCGCAACAAGACGCCCGUGUGGAACGAGGAGACAUGCUCUCACGUACUGAACUUCAACGGCAGGGUCACACAGGCCUCCAUCAAGAACUUCCAGAUUGUGCACAGCAAAGACCAGGACUACAUUGUGAUGCAGUUUGGGAGAGUUGCUGACGAUGCCUUCACUCUGGACUAUAACUACCCUCUGUGUGCGGUGCAGGCCUUCGCCAUCGCCCUGUCCAGCUUCGACGGUAAAAUCGCCUGUGAGUAAAGAGCCUCCAGCGUCACACAGCCUUCAGCACAGUCUGAGACACCACCCGCCAGAAGCUCUUCAGCAGACUCCUCCAGAUUUCACUGAGAGGACUGGGAGUGAAGAUGCCUGAUAAAGAAAGCGUUAAGGUUCAGAGUUGCUGUACUUUGGCAGGAUAUGAUCACGACCUCGUGAGAUUUCUCAUGCAGUGUUUUGUGUUGAGUGAGUCGACACAAGUGAUAAAAUGAGGGAAGUCUGAUUUACUUUGGCUUUCUUGUUUCAGUGGAAGUGAAUAUCCCAGAUUUGCAAAGACGCUUAACCCUUUCUUAAAAAAAAAACAACGUAAUUUUAUUAAACUUUUAUACAACUUUUUUUUUUAUUUUAAAAAUCAUUCCUAAGCAGUAAAAUAAACUCAACCCAACAUAACAUGAUGAGGAAAAGUUUUGACUCUGCCUCAUUACCUGGAAUGAUGCAGUGGGCGGGGCUAAGCUGCUCUUUGAUUGGUUAAUAAAAACAUAUAUAUAUAUUUAUAUAUAUAUAUAUAUAUUCUGAUAGAAUAGACUAGAGCGCAAGAGUACACCACAAUAAAGAAAACACAUGAUAUACAGCUCUGGAAAAAAAUUAAGAGACCACUUCAGUUUCUGAAUCAGUUUAUCUGAUUUUGUUAUUUACAGGUUUAUGUUUGAGUAAAGUGAACAUUGUUGUUUUAUUUUAUAUUAUAAACUACAAACAACAUUUCUCCCAAAUUCUAAAUAAAAAUAUUGUCAUUUAGAGCAUUUAUUAUUACACAAAGUUUUAUGAGUUCAGAAAUGAAUAUUUGGUGGAAUAACCCUGGUUUUUAAUCACAGUUUUAAUCAUGCAUCUUGGCAUCAUGUUCUCCUCCACCAGUCUUACACACUGCUUUUGGAUAACUUUAUGCUACUUUACUCCUGGUGCAGAAAUUCAAGCAGUUCAGUUUGGUUUGAUGCUUGUGAUUACCUAUCUUCCCCUUGAUUACAUUCCAGAGGUUUUCAAUUUGGUAAAAAAUUGGUAAAAAGUAAUAAAUUUACCAGCUUAAUCUGUAUUUCAGUAUUCAGUAUCCUUUCAAAAAUUAUACUUUAUUUGGCUGUGCUAAUUUUAGUGCUCGUGAUGUACUUAAUAAAUAUAUAUUUUUUAUAAAACUGUACUUUUUAUGAUAAAACUUACUUACUUACUACUCUUACUAACGUGAAGGAGCCUAUAUUUCUGCAAUAAAAGUAAUUUAAAUUAAAACUGUGCCGAUAAAAAUUUUGAUUAUAUUCCAGAGGUUUUCAAUAAGGUAAAAUCAAAGAAAGUUAUCAUUUUUAAGUGGCUUUCCAGAGCUGUAUAUUGCAAUGAACGCAGAGUCAGAAAGGGUUAUGGUAUGAUUAUAUAAGCAAACCAGACUGUACAGAUAUUUAGAAACUACACUAGUUUUCAUUAUUUAUUUAUUAAUGAGUGUGUGUGAUUGUGUGUGUGUCAGAGAGUAUGAGUGUUGUGUUUGCAUGAAUAUGUUGAAUAAACUCUGUUCUCUCCUCAUUGAUUCUGAUUCUGAUUCUGUUUGCACAUGCCCAAAUACAUAGGUGUUGUAAUAAGCAGAAAUCUCUCUUUGUACCACCCUUGUUUUAGUAGUGAAAUUUCCUUUUUUUUUUCUUUGUUUUAAGAUGAAUGCCUUUUAUAUUUUCAUUGUAGCCUUGUCGGGGUAAUUGUAAUUUAUAUAAAAUCCUGAUUAUCCAUAUUUAGUUUAAUUAUAAGGAGAAUUUACUGUAAAUGUGUAGAGUAGCAAACAGUAAUUUGGCAUGAAAUAAAAUGCUUGCAUACACAA